GGUUGUCAUGAGAGCGGCGCCGCGGCCCGGCUGAUGGACACGGGCGGCCGGGGCUGCUACUCGGCUGCCACCGCAGCUGCGGCUCGGGGGUGCGGGCCGGCCCGGGACGGCGGGCGAGGCGCCACCUGAGCUCCGCCGAAGGCGCGGCGCUGCCGACGGGCGGCGGAGAGCCCUGGGGUCGUGCGGGCGCCGAGGUCCGGGCGAGGCCUCCGGUCCUGACAGCCCCAGCUCCCAGAAUGCCCCACAAGAUUGGAUUUGUAGUUGUCAGCUCGUCUGGACACGAAGACGGCUUCAGUGCCCGGAAACUGAUGAUCCACGCACCGACCGUCAGCGGGUGGAGGUCACCCAGAUUUUGCCAGUUUCCACAAGAAAUUGUUCUUCAAAUGGUGGAGAGAUGUCGAAUAAGAAAACUACAGUUACUUGCUCACCAGUAUAUGAUUUCAAGUAAAAUUGAGUUCUACAUCAGUGAAAGCCUGCCUGAAUAUUUUGUGCCGUAUCAAGCAGAGAGAUUUCGAAGACUUGGCUAUGUCUCUCUCUGUGACAACGAAAAGACAGGCUGCAAAGCCCGGGAACUCAAAUCCGUGUAUGUGGAUGCAGUAGGACAGUUUCUUAAGCUGAUUUUUCACCAAAACCACGUCAACAAAUACAACAUAUAUAAUCAGGUUGCUCUGGUUGCAAUAAAUAUCAUCGGGGACCCUGCAGAUUUUGGUGAUGAAAGCAAUAUUACCUCUAGAGAGAAGCUCAUUGAUCAUUAUCUGGGGCACAACACAGAGGACCCGGCUCUGGAAGGAACCUGUACGGGGAAAUCUGACUAUAUUUCUCCACUAGAUGACUUAGCUUUUGAUAUGUACCAAGAUCCAGAAGUUGCACAGAUUAUACGCAAAUUAGAUGAAAGAAAACGUGAAGCCGUCCAAAAGGAACGUUAUGACUAUGCCAAGAAACUGAAACAAGCUAUUGCCGAUUUGCAAAAGGUUGGCGAGCGUCUCGGGAGGUAUGAGGUGGAGAAGCGCUGUGCGGUGGAGAGGGAAGACUACGACGUCGCUAAGGAGAAGCAGCAGCAGAUGCAGCAGUACCGCAGCAGGGUGUACGAGCAGCUGGAGCUGCACAGCCUCGUGGACGCCCAGCCCAUGCGAAGGCCUUUUGACUCACCUCUCCAGCCCCUGGUUCAUCCCAGCAGCCCUUGCCACCAGCCACCAACGCUCUUGCUUCCACAGCAAGAGGAAAGAGUGACGGAAAACCGGUUUGCAGACCCUUUCCUCCAGGAAAAGCCUUCCUCACAUUCCCUGGACGUUUCUCCUCAGCACCUCACAGGAGACCAGGCACUGCCCACCACAGACCCUCAUCCCAGGACUCAUCUCGAGCCCCUGCCCUACGAUGAGCGGCCCCUUCCUGCCAUCCGCAAGCAGCCUGGGGCAGCAGCUAUGGAGCCGGAAAAGAGUGAUGGGGACAUCAGCGAGGCUCCCAAAGGAGGCAUUGCGGGCGAGCCGGAGCCCUUAACAGAGAAGGCCUUGAGAGAAGCCAGCUCUGCCGUGGAUGUGCUCGGGGAAUCCUUGGUUGCUGGGGCCUAUUCCAAGACGUGGUCAUACCGGGAAGAUGCACUGCUCGCCUUGUAUAAACAGCUGAUGGAGAUGCCUGUUGGAACCCCAAAAGAAGAUUUAAAGAGCAUGCUGAGAGCAUCGGUCUUUCUCAUUAGAAGAGCCAUCAGAGACAUAGUGACCCCGGUCUUUCAGGCUUCUUUGAAAUUGUUGAAAAUGAUAAUUACACAAUAUAUUGCUAAACAUAAACUGAGUAAACUUGAAACAACUCACUGUGUAGAAAGAACCAUUCCCAUUUUGCUCACCAGAACUGGAGAUUCUUCUGCUCGCCUCCGUGUUAUAGCUUCAAAUUUUGUUCAGGAAAUGGCCUUGUUUAAGGAAGUUAAGUCUCUCCAAAUUAUUCCAUCUUACUUGGUACAGCCGUUAAAAGCAAACUCUUCGACUCACCUGGCAAUGAGUCAGAUGGCCCUCCUGGCCCGGCUGCUGAAAGACCUGGGCACGGAGAACACAGGCUUCACCGUGGAUAAUGUGAUGAAGUUUUCAGUGAGCGCCCUGGAGCACAGAGUGUAUGAGGUUCGAGAGAUAGCGGUUAGAAUUAUCUUGGACAUGUAUAAACAGCACGGGGCUUCUGUUCUUGAGUACCUCCCUCCAGAUGACAGCACCACGCGCAAGAACAUUCUCUAUAAAACAAUUUUUGAGGGAUUUGCUAAAAUAGAUGGCAGACCUACAGAUGCUGAAAUUAGGGCACAGAAAAAAGCGGCCACAGAAGAAGCAGAAAAACGAAAGAAAGAAGAAAUUAAAGCUUUACAAGGGCAGUUGGCAGCCCUGAGAGAAGCGCAGGCCGAAGUCCAGGAAAAAGAAAGUGACGCUGCGAAGGUAAAGAACCAGGACAGUCAAGGAAGAAAAGCAGCCCCACCUAGUGCUCCAGAAGUUCCAGAUAAUCACUAUUUGGAUAAUUUGUGUAUUUUCUGUGGGGAGAGGAGCGAGUCCUUCACAGAAGAAGGCCUGGAUCUCCAUUACUGGAAGCAGUGUCUCAUGCUGACAAGAUGUGACUACUGCAGACAGGUGGUCGAGAUAUCCAGCUUGACGGAGCACUUGCUGACAGAAUGUGACAAAAAAGAUGGGUUUGGAAAGUGUUAUCGCUGCAGCGAGGCUGUCUUAAAAGAAGAGCUGCCCAGACACAUAAAAACGAAAGAGUGUAACCCUGCCAAAUCAGAGAAGCUGGCAAACCGGUGUCCUUUGUGCCAUGAGAACUUCACACCUGGAGAAGAGGCAUGGAAAGCUCACCUCAUGGGCCCCGCCGGCUGCACAAUGAACCUGCGCAAGACACACGUGCUGCACAAGGCUCCGACUCUGCCGCUGGGUAAAGGCCCAGCCAUGACCAAAUCAGGGAGCUCAGGACCAAAGGCCGGAAGCAAAAUCCCUACCCCAAAGGGAGGCCUGAGUAAAAGCUCUGGCAGGACAUACACAAAGCGAUGACGCACACACCGUCUGUCUCCUUGUCUCCAUGAGGGACUGAGCAAGUUUCCUGCUUGUGAACCAUUUCUCCUAAAAACGAUCUUUGGAUGUGGCACCCCCUGUGCCCCACCCUGCCGUCCCUCCUGGCUGUGCUCGUCCUUACUUGUCGGCACCA